AUGAUCAGGGAGCAUAUCAUGGACAAUAAAAGGACAAUUGUCGAUACUGAAAAGCAAAUUGAAGAAGAAAACGCGAGGCUUGCGGCAUUGAAUGGCGGUGCUACAGCAGCAAGACUCACGGAGCUUGAAGAAAAGAGGGCUGCUGCGUUGGCCGCCAAAGAAAAAUUGAAUGAGCAUAAACAAGGUGCUGAAGAUUUACAAAAAGCCGUCGCUGAAGCAGAAGAAGCAGCCGGCAAGAAAAGAGGACCGAUAGGGAUGAAGAAGACCGAGAUCACUGAUGCGGAAAACCAGCUACGAACAUUGAUGAGAGAUAGUAGAGGCCAACAGGACGGGUUUAAUGAGAGAAUGCCCUUGCUUCUGCGGGCGAUUGCCGAUGAACGGGGAUUCGACCAACCGCCAGUUGGGCCUCUGGGCCAACAUGUACGCCUUUUGCAGCCCAAAUGGUCUUCCGUCCUCGAGAAUGCAUUCGGCACAACACUCACAAGUUUUGUGGUUACUUCAAAACGAGAUAUGAAUGUCUUGUCUGGAAUAAUGCAACGGGUAAAUUGGUGGGUUGAGGAACUCUAUACAAACUACUGA